UAGGUUAGUGCGUGUUUUCCACACAAAAUAUACAUUAAACCAUACGAAAAUUGUUCUAAACGGUGUAAAAUUGUGCAUUUCAGAUAAUCAAAAUGCAGAACGACGCCGGUGAAUUCGUUGACCUGUACUGCCCCAGGAAAUGCUCCGCGAGCAACCGCCUGAUCCACGCGAAGGACCACGCGUCCGUGCAGCUGGUGAUCGCGGACGUGGACCCCGCGUCGGGGCGCGCCGCCGAGGGCUCCAAGAUGUACGUGGUGUGCGGCGCCAUCCGCCGCAUGGGCGAGAGCGACGACUGCAUCGUGAGGCUCACCAAGAAGGACGGCAUUCUCACCAAGAACUACUGAUGCAGGUAGUUGUGUAAGAAUAAAUUUAUAAAAAAUAAAAAAAGUAUAUAAUCUGAA